CAGCUCUGUUCUGACCCUCUCUGCAGCGUGUUUGCUCAUUAGCGCUGCACUGAUCCUCUGGUCUUGUGGUUAAAACUAUCAUUCGGUGCACACUGGCGCAUGAGAUACUUUACUGAAAAUCAGGAUCUUCUUCAGUGGUCAGUGAUGACUGGGAUAUGAUGGGAGUGUUGGUGCUCUGUGUGUUUGCAGCCGUGUUGAACUACAUCUCUGCCUCGACAGAAGUCUGCACCAACACCCUUCUACCUGGAGCUAAAGGGGACCAAGGUGAGAUUGGAGAGGAGGGAGAUCAGGGAAAACUGGGAAAGAAUGGACCACCAGGACUUCCAGGACUGACAGGAGAGACGGGGCUUGAGGGAAAGGCGGGACACACAGGGAAGAUGGGGCCUAUUGGAGAUAAUGGUAACAAAGGUGAUACAGGUUUGGAUGGUCCCUCUGGAUUAAAAGGGAAACCAGGCACGACAUGUGACUGCGGCAGGUACAGGAAGGUGGUUGGACAGCUGGACAUCAAUGUGGGCAAGCUGAGGAAUGCUGUCAAGUUUGUGAAGAAUGUCAUCUUAGGGCUGAAGGAAACAGAAGAGAGGUACUACCUGCUGGUGAAGGAGCCCAAGAGGUUCAGAGAGGCUUCAAUGAACUGCAAGCUGAGAGGAGGCACACUGGCCAUGCCAAAAACCAGCAACACCAACCGUCUAAUGGCAGACUAUGUCAGUCAGGCAGGACUGACAAGAGUUUAUAUCGGAGUGCAGGUUCAGAGCAAGGACACAGAUGGAACGAGCAGUCAUGUUUAUGCAGACUCCAGCCCUCUGCAGGGGUUUGCAGCCUGGAGUCAAGAUGAUCUCAGUUCCAGUGUAUCUCCCACCACAAACUCAAGCUGCGUGGAGCUGCUCAGCACUGGGACAUGGAGUCAUGUGGAGUGUGAAGCCACCAUGUUUUUCAUCUGUGAGUUCCCGAAGAGCAGGAGAAGAGGAGGAGGAGGAGGAGGAGGAGGAGGAGCAGGAGCAAGAGGGACCCCUGCCCCAGCAUCAUCAUGAGUCGAUCAGAUGUUCAGACUUGCAUGCCAAAAAGAUGUUAGUAGACAUAGAGAUUUUGUUUUGUAGAAUUGGCAAUUUAUAUAAUAAAAAUAACUGACAUGAAAAAGAAAUGUGCCUGCAUCAUCAGAUAAGGCUGCUUUUUAUUGAAGGAUGAAGUAAUGACCAACUGCUCAUUAA